GAAACUCUGUACUGACGCCCAUCCGUCCCUGCGAAGCAGCGGAAAGAGCGCCUCCAUGUCGUCCCGUAAAAGAGCGGAGAGGUCGUCCGCGAGAGUCCCACUCCAACGGCGCAACGUCCAUGUCGAGCCAUCCUUCCCAGAUGGAUUCUAAAUCGCCGCGAAGCUCACCCGCCGCGUAUCCCCUCAAUCGCUUGUCAAUGUAGGUCGACGACGAGACCGUGAGCAGCGUCGACGCCGCUUGCCGCGCCCGGCCCACCGUUCUCGCUAGCGUGCGAGUCAGGGUCUGCGACGACGGUGUGGUUCCUGGCGAGAUGGUCCAACCAUGCCUGCUUUGUCCAGAAUAGCUCUGGCUUGUUCGUUUCCGGUCAUAUUCACCGUCGCGAACCCAGAGGUCGUCUUCGUCGCCGCCACCCCCGAGGUUAUCAGAGGAAGUGGGAUGCGACCCACACCGCUCGCCGACCUCGCCUUGGCCAGAUAAUACGUGCGACAGCUGCGACGCGACCCAUCUGACACGUAGAAUCCUACGAUUUAACGUCGACCUGCUCGAGAACAACGACAGGGCGCACCUCCAGGCCUUUAUUUGACCCUGCAGCUGCCAAUACUGUUGUUCAAGCGAGAGCUUUUCGCGCAAGAGAGCCGCAUACGCGCGGUUGCCGAAUCGCAGGAGGUCGUCUGCGCUCGCAGUGGCGAUGAUCUGCAUCUGUGCUUCGUCUGGAUAGAAGGCCGUCUGCGGGCCCUGAUGAGCGACAGUGAACGCGCGGGAGUGGAGCGAUCGUCAGCUCACGUCU